AUGGACGACUCUUCGCUCAGAGAACUACAGGGUCUUGAUCUCGAACACCAAAGCGAAGUCAUGUCAUCUAUACCUCUCAAUCUUGCCUUCACGAGUUUUCUAAUCGAAAAUUUAUUUGCCUGGUUCUGGAUGAUUGGGAUUCAAUAUUUCCUUUUCAAAGUGUUGUAUCAACAGCAACCUCAAAAGCGAUCUCGACAUCGAAGUGAAAAAUCCCUCCGACCCUCACGCUCCUCACAUUGCGAAAAUACCACAUCAGAAAUCCAAGCACCUUCUCCCAGCGAAUCAUACCUCCUCAUUACACUCUUCUGGCUCCUUCAUUCUCUCCUCAAUACCCUUUUGAUAUCUCUCCUAAAUACUUUCGUAUCCCUCCUCUCCACCCCCGAAACCACACACACUUAUCUCGAAUGGCGUUCUACAAUCUACAACCUUCACUACUGGGCUUUUAGCACCGGCGACGAAUCUCCUAUUUACAGGUUUGCAAAGCUUCUCGUGCUGGAAGUGAUAUUUUCCUGGUUGCUUUCACAAGUAUCUCAAUGGGUGAUGGAUACGAUAAUUCCGUUUUUGGGGGAGCUCCGAGGAGAUUAUGAUGUUCGAGGAGUGUUGAGAAGCGUGGGAAGAAGGACGAGGGAGAUUUACAAGUUCAUGCUUGAUGUAGAUUGGAGUCAUGAUUUUGAGUUUUCUCACUCAUCGAAUGCUCAACUGCUAAAUGGUGGUGACGCAUCGACAUCGCCUGAUGAAAACUACAAACAACAAAAAGAACAAAUCAUCGAACUAUCGCGUCAACGAAGCGAAUGUCUGAGUACAGAGAAGGGCACUCAGGAACGAAAUAGAUGGAAGUUGAUUAUUGAUGCGUUCGGCGCUGAAUGA